CACGUCUGUAGUCAGCCCGGGAACGCCCCGGGCCCGCCCCGUCUCCGGUAGUGUUGUUGUCACGUGGCUGGGGCGGGCCCUGACGUCAUGAGCAGGGGAGGGACUGCGCAGGAGCAGAAAAGGGGGCGGGGGACUCGGCUUGUUGUGUUGCUGUCCCAGAACCUGAGCCAGUCUAGCUGCGGACAGAGCUCCUCCAGCCGCCCGACAAUGUCGUCUCAUUUACUGGAGCAGCCGCCGCCCCUGCACAACAACAACAACAACUGUGAAGAAGGAGAGCAGCCUCUGCCCCCGCCAGCCGGCCUCAACAGUUCCUGGGUGGAGCUCCCCAUGAACAGCAGCAAUGACAAUGAUAAUGGCAAUGGGAAAAAUGGGGGGCUGGAACACGUCCCUUCCUCAUCCUCUAUCCACAAUGGAGACAUGGAGAAGAUUCUUUUGGAUGCACAACAUGAAUCAGGACAGAGCAGUUCAAGAGGCAGUUCUCACUGUGACAGCCCUUCCCCACAAGAAGAUGGACAAAUUACAUUUGAUGUGGAAAUGCACACCAGCAGGGACCAUAGCUCUCAGUCAGAAGAAGAAGCUGUAGAAGGAGAGAAAGAAGUUGAUGCUUUGAAGAAAAGUGUAGACUGGGUGUCAGACUGGUCCAGUAGGCCUGAGAACAUUCCACCUAAGGAGUUCCACUUCCGGCACCCAAAACGGUCUGUUUCUUUAAGCAUGAGGAAAAGUGGAGCCAUGAAGAAGGGGGGUAUUUUCUCUGCGGAAUUUCUUAAGGUGUUCAUUCCAUCUCUUUUCCUGUCUCAUGUUUUGGCUUUGGGGCUAGGCAUCUAUAUUGGAAAACGACUGAGCUCACCUUCUGCCAGCACCUACUGAAGGAAAGAAGCCCCUGGGAAAGCGUGUGACCUGUGAAGUGGUGUAUUGUCACAGUAGUGUAUUUGAACUUGAGACCAUUGUAAGCAUGACCCAACCUACAACCCUAUUUUUACAUAUCCAAGCUCCAAUAAUUCUCAAAUCCAGUAUUUUAUUCAAACUCUGUUGAGGCAUUUUACUAACCUCAUUCCCUUUUUGGCCUGUAAGACACUUUAGAAUUUCCUAACAGAGUUUACUGUUGUUUAGAAAUUUGCAAGGGCUUCUUUUCCGCAGAUGCCACCAGCAGAUAAUAAUUUUGUCAAUAAUGCUGUUGUCUCCUUUUAGUACCACCAGACUGAGACCUGAAUCAUUCAUGGUAUAAAUUUUACUCUUGCAAGAUGACUCCUGUCUCUCUCUAAAAACAAGAUCAGGUUGGCAGAUGAUAUAAAAGCUUUGUUGUUUUGUUUUUCAAGACAAAGGCAAGCUUCUUUAAGCUUGAACUUACUAGUUAUUAAAAAGAAAACAAAAAAAAACCCACAAGACACAAGGAAAAAAAUAUCCUGGGCAAUAAAAAAUUAUUUUAAACCAGCUUUGGAGCCACUCUUUGUCUAAGCUCCUGAUGACACCUUUUCAUUCAUAGGAGGCGAUCUGUAUAGAUGACAGCUAUGAAAUGGAAUAGGAACUAAAAUACAUCAGCAGAUUUUACUACUAGUAUGUUGUAAUGCUGUCUUUUCUAUGGCGUAGAAUCUUUAUUUCUGAUAAGGAACGUCUCAGGCCUAGACAUAUAUGAAAUUGCUUUUGGGAUUUUUGUGUGUGUGUUUGGUAUUUUUACGUUUGUUAGUUGCAUGUGAACUUUUCAUGACUUUUACAUUUAAAAAAUUUUUCUUUUCUAAGAAGAGGCUUUGGAAUGAGGUCCAGUUUGUGGUGUAAAUACAGGCUCACUGUCUUAGGAAGCAUCACGUCUUCUCUGAAGCCUUUAAACUAAAGGUGAUUGAGUUAUUCCAAGCACUUGAGCAACUUGGAUAAACAGACUUGGUUUGUGGGAACAUUGGACACAGUUCUGAAAAGAUGCCAUCUGUUGUUUUCUGAUCUCCCCUUUUUUAAUGUUUACUGUGUGAUCUUUCUGAGGUGACCCUGCGAUCUGCAGGCACUGCCCACUUUCCGUUGCAGCCGUCUUUUCAGUUACUUCAAAUGCCUGAUGUUCCAGAGCCCUCAACAACUUCCUUCAAUGACAUGCUUUUUUUGUUUGUUUGUUUCUAAAAUGUGAAGCUUUAGGACCAAAUUGUUGGAAAGCGUCAGGAUUGCCAGUUAUUUCAAGUAGAUUUAUUGGAUUUCAGAACUCAUAGCAUGACUCUGAAGGAUACUAUUAUAUGUUUAUAUAUAAAUAAUUACUGUUUAUGAUAUAGACAUUACUAUUGAAUAUUUAGAGAACCAUUGUUAAUUUUAAAACUAGCAAUUUACUCAUUAAAUAAAGUGCAUCAGGUUGACUUGAAUAAAAACACUUGGACAACCAGGUUCACCGGUUUGCAGAAACUCUCUUUUCUCUCACAUCAAGUUUUGUAAAAUAUAUGUGUUAUAGUGGAAAAGAACAUACAGAUUAAACAAAAAUUAAUUUCUGACUUUUUUCAAGUAUAUAGCUGGCUAUCUUUAAGAAAAAGAUGUUAUAUACAAAAUAGUUUUCUGAAUUAUUUUACUUUGUUUUUCUUUCUAGCAAUGGAUGCUAAAUAAUUUUGGAGACAUUUUUAUUAUACUUUGUUUCUAUUUUAUUCUUAAACCUGGUAACACUUGAUUUGCCUUCUAUAACCUAUUUAUUUCAAGUGUUCAUGUUUAAAUUUCUUUGGAAAGAACAAAAAUCUGAUGGCCCACUGAUUUUUGCAAAGCCUGAGUAAAAUUUAAAAGGCUGGGCAGGUUAGGAGGGCUAAAUAAAUAAAUUGCUAUAAUAUACAAUUUGUAUUACAAUUGGUAUCAUGGGAGGGGAAUGUAAAAUUAUUCUUAAAAUAAGAGCAACUUUUUACAGGCAACACAUUAGCCUCUGUUAAAAUUCAGUAGCAGUUCUAUCAGCAGUGUGAUUGAACUUGGGUCUGCUUAUUUUUUCCACAUUGAAAAUAAAUUUAGUUCUGCCCUUUUUCUUAAAAAUACUAGUGAAAUUUUGGACUGUUUAUUAUAGGAUCACACUAGAAGUUCUAAGAUGGGAUCCUGUGGGGUUGUGGUUGGCCCUACCAUAGUGAUGAGUGUCUGUGCUCUCCACCCAGGUGUGUGGUGAGCAGAAACAGAUUAUGUGAUUGGAAAGGAGAACCCAACAAUUAACUGUUGACAUUUUAAGAGUAAUGUUUAAAAAGCUUUACACCUGUUUACAAUUUGGAGUUAAAAAGGCUUCAUUUUUUUCUGUUUGAUGAAGAUCGGCUUAAAAUAUUUAUAGUCAAGAGCAAAACUGCACAAACUUGCACACGGAAAAAUUCAACACGUUACUUUGAUUACAGUACAAAUAUUUACUGUCCUAAAAAAUGAAAACUGAAGACUUAACCAGGCCGAUGAAUUUUUAAGUGAACCAGUUGUUGAAAUUAUUGGAAUUAACUGAGCCAAAGUGAUUAUGCAUUCUUCAUCUAUUUAGUUAGCACUUUGUAUCAUAUACAGUUUACAAUACAUGUAUAACUUGUAGCUAUAAACAUUUUGUGCCAUUAAAGCUCUCACAAAACUC